AUGCUGUACGAGAUGUACUAUGAUACCUGGCUUGGCGGACAGUACGAGUUCAAAAUCAUUGAACUGCAUAAACAAUAUGGCCCCAUCAUUCGAAUCUCGCCCUGGGAAUUGCAUAUAUCUGAUCCCGACUUUUACGACACACUUUACGUCGGUCAUUCGGCUCCACGUCGCACGGAGAAGUACUGGAAUACUGUGAGGUAUUUUGGACUUGACCUCUGCGUAUUUUCCACGGUUGACCACGAUGUCCAUCGUAUACGGCGCAACGCUCUUAAUCCUCUUUUCAGCAUGGCAGCUGUCAGAUCGUUGCAGCCUAUCAUCCACGAAAGAAUUGACAUGGCAAUGAGACGUAUGAAGGAUUUCAUUGACGAGGACAAAGUUCUCAAUGCCACUUACAUGUUUUCUGCUUAUACAAAUGAUGUUGUCGAGACAUACUGCUUUGCGCGAUGCCAGCACCGUCUCGAGCACCCUGAUUUCGACCCCCACUCGCGCGAUGCCGCUUUCGAAGGUGCCACCUCUGUCCACAUCAUGAAGCACAUAUGGUGGGUAUACGAUAUCAUGAACCAUUUCCCCACCAGCAUUGUAAAGGCCAUCAACACCGGGGCCGGGCUUUACCUUGAGCAGAAACGGAGCUCGCGCGCCGCGGUCGAGAAAAUCAUCGACGGCGAGAAUGAGGACUGGCGCGGACAGGAACAGCCAACCAUCUUCCGCGUCGCGCUCGACUCGAAGCUCCCCGCCCACGAGAAAUCCGUGGGGCGGCUCGCGGACGACGCCCAAAUGGCCGUCAUGGCCGGCACCCUGACGACUGCCAUGACCUUGGACACCAUCAUGUACUGGCUCCUGGCCCAGCCCGAGACCCUGCGCAAGCUCAAGGAGGAGCUGCACCGCGCCAUCCCCGUGGCCAGGGACAUAGGCUCCACUCCCCUAGCCACGCUGGAGGGCCUUCCUUAUCUCACGGGCGUCAUCAAAGAGGGCCUAAGGCUGAGUUACGGCGCGUCAAUGCGCCUCCAACGCAUCGACCCCGACAAUGCCAUCAUGUUCACCGACAAGAAGACCGGGAAGGAAUGGACGAUCCCAGCCAAGACUCCGGUCGGCAUGUCCACCGUGCAGAUCCACCACGACGAGGACAUCUACCCGGACAGCAAGAAGUUCCGCCCCGAGCGGUGGCUGGGCCGCGACAGCACAAGCCUGGACAAGUACUUCGUCAGCUUCAGCAAGGGCAGCCGCAACUGCCUCGGCAUGAACCUCUCGUACGGGGAGCUGUACCUUUUCCUGGCCACCGUGUGGAGGACGUGGACGACGCGGGAGGUCGGCCCUACCGAGGGCGAGGCUGGCGUGCUUGAGCUGUUCGAGACCACGGCGCGCGACGUGGAGAUUGCUGGGGAUUAUUACAUUCCCGCCGCGCAGAAGGGAUCCAAGGGCGUCCGGGUCAAGGCGUACCGCUUGGAUGCAUGA